CACACGUCUGAAGUCUGGAAAAAAAAAACCUCCACUGGACUGUACCGAGAUUUUGGACACAAAUCUGGACUCUUCGCAGCUUCACCUGGAUAAAAACUCGUAACAGUUUCCCGGAGCGUCCAGGAUUCCCACGUAAACCACAGAACAGCAGUUUCAUCUCUGGGCCUGGCUGCUUAGUUUGUGUUCGUGGAGAUUUCUGGAGUUCAUUGUGAAGCUGAGAUCACCUUCAUAUGAGAAAGACGACUCCAACAACAGACUGACCAGCGCCUGAAGUAGACGAUGUUUUCUUAAGAUCUACUGUCGUCACCACCCGCCUGCGCUCGCCCUCCUCCGCCCCUCACCAUGAACCACACCCCGAGCCCGCACCUGUCCGAGGGGGGCAAGUCCACGGGGGGCAGCCUGCUCUGUGCCCUGGGUCUCUCUGGAGGAGGAGACCGGGGCAUUCGCUCUCCGGACAGUUUGGCCCACACCCCCAGUCCGACGGGGGGCACUCCGAGCUCCAGCCCCCCCCUGCUGCUGUCCCCCGGCGGGCUGAGCUCUCUGGGGCUGGGGAGUCUGGGGGGCCUGGACGACGGGGCGGGGGGAGACUGGGAGAGCAGAGAGGAGCUGAGGCUGCGUGAGCUGGAGGAGGCACGGGCCAGAGCGGCGCAGAUGGAGAAGACCAUGAGGUGGUGGUCCGACUGCACGGCCAACUGGAGGGAGAAGUGGAGCAAGGUCCGGGCAGAGCGUAACCGCGCCCGUGAUGAGGUGCGUCAGCUGCGGCAGAGGCUGGACACUUUGACCAAAGAGCUCACCGGAGUGCGCAGGGAGAGACAGGAACUGGCCACGGAGAACGAGACCCUCAGACAGGAAGUGCUGCGUCUCCACGGCGACCCCGCGGCCCUGCCCCCGAACGGAACGUCCACUUCCUGUUCCCCGACGCACGCCUCCGUCGCUCGCGGCUCGUCCUGCUCCUCCAGCUCCAUGCCGCCCUCCCCCGCCUCCUCUGCCUCCUCCUGUCACCCCCACACUGAAGGGGGCACCACACCAGGGUCACCGGAGCCCGAACCGGUGAGAGACGUCGACCUGGAUAAGCAGAAGAAGCUGCAACAAAAAGACAUGGAAAUACUGGAGACGGUGUUGCGCUCCGGUCCUCCAGGGGGCGACGCUCAGGAGUCGUGGGACAAAUCGGGCUCGUCGCGUCCGCCGUCGAACAGACAGGAGCGCAGUCGACAGCUGUGGGACGAGCUCAGCACCACAGAAGAAGACCAGAGCAAACUCAACGCUCUGCAGCUCCGACUGGACGAGUCCCAGAAAGUCCUGCUCAAGGAGAGAGAAGACAAACUGGCUCUGAGUAAAAGCAUCGAGCGACUGGAGGCUGAGCUCAGUCAGUGGAAACUCAAAUACGAAGAGCUGAGCAAAAGCAAGCAGGAGGCACUGAAACAGCUGAACCUGUUGAAGGAGAUGCAUCAGGACGAGCUGGGCCGCAUGUCCGAGGACCUGGAGGACGAGCUCGGGGCCCGCUCCAGUAUGGACAAGAAACUGGCCGAGCUACGAGCAGAGAUGGAGCGUCUUCAGGUGGAGAAUGCAGCAGAGUGGGGCAGACGGGAGCGUUUGGAGACGGAGAAACUGGCCCUGGAACGCGACAAUAAGAAACUCCGAGCUCAGACCGAAGACCUGGAGGAACAACUGACCAAGAAACGCCGCCAGGCCGCCUCCGCACUGGACUCUGACCUGAAGGCCAUUCAGACAGAGCUGUUUGAGAGGAACAAGGAGCUGGCAGACCUGAGACACGUCCACGCUAAACUAAAGAAGCAGUUCCAGGAGAAGACGGCGGAGCUGGCCCACGCCAACAGACGAAUGGAGGGGCACGAGGCGGAGGUGAAGAAGCUUCGGCUCAGAGUGGAAGAGCUGAAGAAGGAGCUGGGACAGGCGGAGGACGAGUUGGAUGAGGCCCAUAACCAGUCGAGGAAGCUGCAGAGGUCACUGGACGAGCAGGUGGAGCAGACGGAGAACCUGCAGGUGCAACUGGAACAUCUACAGUCCAGACUGAGGCGACAGCAGCAAACUCCAGGACUUUUUGGAAAAAUCCGACGCUUUGGCUCCGAAAACCCAGAUGGUCCGUCCAGUGACUUAGACGAAGAAGAGGAGGACCUACCACUACAGAUACCAUAACAUUUAAGCACAUUACAAACUAUAGACCACUUUUAUUACAUUACACACAACCCAGUGAUGUCCUUAAUCCAGCAACUAUGAGGAUUAAGACUGAAAAACUCGUGGAUAAUGUGGUUUUGAAUGGAAAAUACAAGACUGAAUUUUUCUCUAUUGGACUUUUAAAUGAACUUGGUUGAAUCUAUAGACAUUUAUUAUUGUUAUUAUUACAUUGUACUCAUUUUUACCUCAUAUUGUAAGUUUUAAACAUGCUACUGUUUUCGAGUUUACCUUUCAUUUCUACGGUUUUCAAUGUGAGCCACGAGAUCAAUACCCAAAAAGUGUUUCAUUUUAGCGACUUUUUAAUACCACUCCGUCUAGCUAUUUUAAUUGAAUCUCCUAUAUUAUGCAAUUUAGUAUGUUAUUAAUAAUUUAAAGGGCCCAUGUUAUGCUAUUUUUUAUCUAUCUUAUAAUGUUUCUGCGUCAAAAACAGACCUGGAGUUGUGUUUUGUUCCAUUUACGCAUGUUUAACACACAAAUCCUGCACAUUUAGGCUGAGUUCUUCUCUCAAACAGAAGUACUCAAUGCAGGAAGUGCUCCAUACACCUUCGCUUGAAUCAUUUCGAUAAUUUCAGCUCUGGAAAUGCAUUUGUGAAUGAAACAAAACAACUCCAGGUAUGUUUUUGAUGAGAUAACAACAUUGUAACAUGACUAAAAUCUCCCAAGAGUCAUUUUUGCGCAAUAUAAGACCUUUAAAUCAAAUCUGACUUUUCUUUUUCUCUUUUUGGUCCAUAUAUUUGAAUGAUCUAAAGCCAAGUUAACUCUUUUUUUAAUCAAAAAUGAACAAAAUCCUAUGCUAUCCUAGAACUUGUUGAGGCUAUAGCUUGUAUGGUUGGUAAAUUGCUGUAUUGUUAUUAAAAAAAACCCCAAAAAAAACAGUUCUCUGUUUUAGAAGCAAUCAUUGUCUCCAAAUAAGUCAUAGAAUGUAUUUCAAAUAAGGUUGUUGUCCAAAUAAUGAUCCAUCUGAAUUUUCUUACUACACAUUUCUGCAGUACGCCUGUAUUACACUUUUAACGCAGUACAUCUCUCACGCUUUACUCGUCACUCGUCACAUCUGAGGCUGAACAAUGGGACCAAAACAUUUGUACUGAACUGAAUCUGUUAUUUAUGUUUAGUUUUUUAUAAAAUAUCUGUAUCUCUCAGUGUU